GAAUCGCCUUCAUCAAUAAACAAGCAAUCCCAUCAACAUCAGUAAAACACAAUGUCUCUCUCUUCAACAGCAGAAAUCAAGUCGGUGGUGUUUCCUCAAUUUAAAAACUUUCCCACGGACAUCCGCCUAAUUGUGUGGGAAUACUGCAUUCCCCCAUCUAGGGUGGUUGUUUUGACUCACGAACCCAUCAAGACGCCCGUGAAUCGUGUGGACGACAUUUGGGCGUUCAGAUCACAAACUCCAGUUCCUGCCAUCUUAUUUGUCAAUCGAGAAUCUUAUCAUAUCACAACGAAAUUUUAUGAGCGCACGUUCAUAAACGGGUAUCGCGAAGGCACCCAUACUCUUGCCGAAACCUGGUUUGACUUCAAAAGGGAUAUUCUAUAUCUGCCUCAGCAACAUAUAGCCGCCCAGCUCAGCGAUUUUCUCUCUGCUCUUCCCCGAUCAACUCAUGGCAAUCAAGAUACAGGAGGCUUUAAUAGAGUGGAAAACCUUGCAUUACCAAUCAGGUGGUUGCCCAAUUUUGCACGUGUUUCGGACGGCACCAUACAUAAACCCUUGACCAGACUGUUAGGCACAUUUGGCAGUGUAAAAAAAGUCUAUUUUAUAGCUGGUCAAGACCCCCCGCACCCUUGUACAGAGAGUGAUGUUGUUUUCCAGGAUGGAUGGCAUCUUCCUUGCAGGUGUAUUGAAAUGUUUGAGCUUUCAAAAGCGCGCGAUGCUACCCUUUUAGCUCCAGAACCAUUUCCACCAUAUUCUGUUGCAAGGCACAUGGUGGAAAACGAAAGUUUUGUCGUAGAUGAAGAACUAUUAGGUAUUGAUAGGGAGAAAUGGAAUGAUCGUGUUGCAACUCGCUCACAAAGCCUUGCGAUUAAUAUUACAGGUGAACGAGAUGGACCUGACGAAAGACAUUGGGAAAUGCCUGAUUUUGAGACCAGGAUAUUGGUCAGUCAGGACUAUCAAGUGAAGUUCGAAGCUCAAAGGCUAGAAUAUCUCAACAUGAUUGAGGAAAAUGUGAAGAGGCAUGAGAAUCACAAGGAAGACGAAUGUAACUGCCAACUUGUUAGCUCCUCCGACAGGAUAUUCCAGGGACAACGAUAGGAACUCAGAGGAUUGUAUGGUUGUUGAGUCCUUCUCUUCGAGUGCCUGCCUCAAUCUACUCUCAAGGUACCAUGACGGCUAGUUUGGAUACACAAAUCCGCAUGGAUUCCAUUAAAUAAUCUACUCUUUUUGAAAGCGGAUUUUGAGGCCGUAUUUGUAUGCAAAGUUGGUAAAAUCGUAAGUUUUGUCUCAUGCUUUAUAAUUAUGAGCGUUUCA